AUGUCAACUAAGAAAAUUGUUGUUCUUCCAGGAGAUCAUGUUGGUGAGGAAAUUGUUGAUGAAGCUAUAAAGGUAUUAGAGGCCGUUGCAAGUUCUAGUUCAAAAGGUAUUAAAUUUGAGUUCCAAAGACAUUUAAUUGGUGGUGCUUCAAUUGAUGCAACUGGUACUCCAUUACCAGAUGAAGCUUUGGAUGCUGCCAAAAAUUCUGAUGCUGUCUUAUUAGGUGCUGUUGGUGGUCCAAAAUGGGGCACAGGUGAUGUUAGACCAGAACAAGGUUUAUUGAAAAUACGUAAGGAGUUGCAGCUAUAUGCAAAUUUAAGACCUUGUAAUUUUGUAUCAGAUUCGUUGCUAGGUUUAUCUCCUCUAAAGGAAGAAAUUGCCAAAGGUACGGAUUUUACUGUUGUAAGAGAAUUGGUUGGUGGUAUAUAUUUUGGUGACAGAAAGGAAGAUGAUGGUGAUGGAUCUGCUUGGGAUUGUGAGAAAUACACUAUCCCUGAAGUUCAAAGAAUUACAAGAAUGGCAGCAUUUUUGGCCUUACAACAUGAUCCACCUUUACCGAUCUGGUCUUUAGAUAAGGCUAACGUCUUAGCGUCCUCGAGAUUAUGGAGAAAAACAGUAGAAGAAACUAUUAAAAAUGAAUUCCCAAAUUUAAAAGUUCAACACCAACUUAUUGAUUCCGCAGCUAUGAUUUUAGUUAAAAGUCCAAGACAAUUGAAUGGGAUUAUUAUUACGAAUAAUAUGUUUGGUGAUAUUAUUUCUGAUGAAGCUUCUGUCAUCCCAGGUUCUUUGGGUUUAUUGCCAUCUGCUUCGUUGGCAUCACUUCCUGAUACCAACACUGCAUUUGGUUUGUAUGAACCAUGCCAUGGUUCUGCUCCUGAUUUACCAAAGGGCAAAGUUAAUCCAAUUGCAACAAUUUUGUCAGCCGCUAUGAUGUUGAAAUUAUCCUUAAAUUUGGUAGACGAAGGUAUUGCAAUUGAACAAGCGGUGAAGCAGGUUCUGGAUGCAGGCAUCAGAACUGCAGAUCUAAAAGGAUCCAACUCUACAUCUGAGGUUGGAGAUGCAGUCGCAAAAGCAGUAUCGGAAAUUUUGAAAUAA